CGUGAUGCGAUUUUUGUUCAUCACACCCACACCGUAGAUUUCGCGUGAAAAGCAGAUAGCUCCGCACUCGCAAGAUGGCUGAUGCACACGCAGUGCCUGGCCCCGCGCCGGCUCCGGCGCCCCCCGUGAUGGACCCCGCGGCGCAGGCUGGUUUCGUGCAGGCCCUUGCCGACCGGUUGCAGCCGGACUGCACGAAGACCGUCGCGAACGCCUUCGCCAACAUCAAGGCCAAAAGCCUCCUGGAGAUGCCGGACCAGGCUGAGUUCACAGCGGCGGCAGGAUACGUACAGAUGCUGUUUGUGUUACUAGCAUCCUGAUCCCCGUGCUGUUUUGCUUUUUAGGUGUUGACGAUGAUGAUUUUAUGGUGAUGAUGAUGGUGGCCACAUGGUGUGGGCACACGUUCAUGCUCGAUUCGCCACAUCGCGCAUUACAGGGCAACAACAAGCUGUGGCAUCAGCUCUUCCAGCUCUGGGGCAAAGGGGAGACCAAGCCCGGGGUGCGGGCGGCGUUCUACGCGAUGGCCUGCCAGACCAAGACCGGCACGACGGCCGUGUUGUCCGACGCCGAGCGCGACUCCUUGAUCACGAUGUUCACCUUGUUGGCCGAUCACUACGGGAAAGAGGCCGCAUUGAAAAUGCUUGGCCGGGCGGGGCAAAAAGGUUUGUUCGAAGUAACGCCCGACCUCGCCGGGACGACCUACACGACGAGGGUGCGCGAGUACUUGUUGACCGACCUUGAGGACGACAUUGCCAAGCAGAAGGACUCGUUCUCCAUGUGGGCCGACGUCAAGGACGACCUGGCCAAGGAGCGGGCCGAGAUGAAGGCCGAGAUCGAGACUGAGAAGGCGCAGAUCGCUGCCGAGCGCGAGAAGCUCGAGCGGGAGCGGAACCGGGAGCGCUCCCGGGGCCGCGGUGGCCGCCGCGACAACGACCGCAAGCGCGACACCGGUGCGAACAAGGGUGGGGAUCGCAAGGGGGGAGGAGCGAAGCGUGUUUGCCACGAUGCCCUGCGCGGGAAGCCCUGCAAAAAGACCCCUUGCCGGUUCUGGCACCCGCAGGCGGCCACGGAGUUCUCGGAGGCCAUGUUCAAGGCCGAGCUCGAGGGGGCCGGCAAGCGCAACCUGGAGGGCUUGAUGUACAAGGACAUUUGCUUCCCGUGCGGCGCGUGAGGUGGUCGCGCGAUUUGUUUUGGUCGGUGCUGCUUCGGCAGCACCGUGAUGAUAAAUGCACAGUUUCGCUACACUAACUAGUGACCUUGUACUCACGUUUCUUUUUUGUGCCUUUCAGUAGAGUGUCACGCACAUAGAUACGAGCGCUAAGAAUGUACUUCGCACUAGCUGCUACGAAGGAGUGGAAAACUCCUCGCGCGUUUUAUCUUUCGCUCCGCCUUGCGUUACAGAUGUUGUUUCCGUGCUUGACAUCGCGCUCGCCGUGAGUAAGAUCAAGCUUCGCCUGCAGCUUCGCAGUGUGACGCCAUACGAGUUAGUGUAUUGCAGUAUUCCUGUAUACGUUUCUACUAGUGCAUAGUUCUGAUGUUUCACACACAUGCUGAGGUACACCCAUGAGCAUAGCAGAGCAGCGCUGUGAUGGCACUGAUUUAUAAGACCAUCAGCUGCAAGAAGGACGGAUGUGGUCGACUGCAUAGACUGAUGCAGGAUCUGGAGGAAUGAGAGAGUGAGGGUGCUGACAUAUUUGAAAAAGCUUGCUUGCGCAGGCGAGAGUGUAGCACACUGUUACUUGUGCUGCAGGGGAG